GCUGCGCCGCACGCUACUGCGUGCACCCGCCCGCCCCGAGAGCCCGAGAUCUGAGCCAGGCCAGGGCGGCCCAACCUUCCCGCCCAGACUGGGUCCGAGGAAGCCGAAAGCAGCUUCAGCGAGGUGAAGCGCCCGGGGCAAAGGAUCGAUUAGAACUUUGCAGAGUCCGGGAUGUGCGGGGCGAGGCCGCUGAGGACUUGAUUCAUCUUCUCCACCCUUCUCCCCUACUCCCCAUCCACUGGGCUCCAGGCCUCCAGCUAUCAGCCCCAGAUUUCGUGGCAGGGUGUGGCGACCCCGAUUUCUUUUUGCAAGCAAGCACAGCCAGCAGCCCAAGAGCCAGGUCCCAAGGCUGGAUAUCUUUUUGCCUCGGCCGCUAGCCUGGGCCUCAGAGUCUUGAGCGCAGGAGACUGAGCGUAGGCCGGAGCGAGAAGCAGUGCGCCAUGGCAGGCCGGCCGGCAGCGGGCCCGGCGGCCGGAGACUGGGAGAUCGACGUGGAGAGCCUGGAGCUGGAGGAGGACGGCCGCGGGCCGCCGCCGCCUACGCCGCCCGGGCCCAGCCCGCCGUCGGCCGACGGGGACGGCGAAGACGAGGAGGACGAGGACGACGACGACGACGCGGAGGACGAGGGCGACGGCCUGGACGCGGGCGCGUCCCCCGGGGCGCCGGGCCGGCCGGGGCAGCAGCGGGGACCACCGCCUGGGCCAACCCCCGCGCCGCGGGCCUCGCCGCCGCAGGCCGGGCCGCCGGAGCGCUGCGCGAACGCGGGCGGCGGCGCGGAGCCGCGCAAGCUCAGCCGCACCCCGAAGUGCGCGCGCUGCCGCAACCACGGCGUGGUGUCCUGCCUCAAGGGCCACAAGCGCUUCUGCCGCUGGCGCGACUGCCAGUGCGCCAACUGCCUGCUGGUGGUGGAGCGCCAGCGCGUCAUGGCCGCCCAGGUGGCGCUCCGGAGGCAGCAGGCCACCGAGGACAAGAAGGGGCUUUCUGGGAAGCAGAAUAAUUUCGAGCGCAAAGCUGUGUAUCAGAGGCAAGUCAGGGCACCCAGUUUGCUGGCCAAAAGCAUUUUAGAAGGCUACCGCCCCAUUCCAGCCGAGACUUACGUGGGAGGGAGCUUACCCCUACCUCCCCCAGUAAGUGACCGGAUGCGGAAAAGGCGGGCCUUUGCUGAUAAAGAGUUGGAGAACAUUAUGCUGGAGAGAGAAUAUAAAGAGAGGGAGAUGUUGGAAGCGUCCCAAGCUGCUGCCUUGUUCCUGCCCAACCGCAUGGUGCACGGACCUGAAUAUAACUCCUACAAAAGCGCCUAUAGCCCCACCCCAGUGGAACCGCCAAACAAAGACUUCUGCAAUUUUCUCCCCACCUGCCUUGAUCUAACCAUGCAGUAUUCAGGGUCUGGGAAUAUGGAACUCAUUUCUUCCAAUGUCAGUGUGGCCACGACUUACAGACAGUAUCCCUUGUCCUCGAGAUUUUUAGUUUGGCCCAAGUGUGGCCCCAUCAGUGACACUCUUCUCUAUCAGCAGUGCCUGCUAAACACCACCACUUCGGUUCAAGCCCUGAAGCCUGGGGCCAGCUGGGACUUGAAGGGGGUGCAAGUCCAGGAUGGACUUGUGGCAGAACAUGACGUGAUGCCCCCCAAACUAGAAGGCUCGCUGCUUCUGCCUCACGCUCCGGAGGUCCCGACCGCAAGAGGUGACCUUCAGGGUCACCAGGCUGUCCCCGAGAGGUCUGCAUUCUCCCCACCCAGACGGAAUUUCUCUCCCAUUGUUGACUCGGACUCCCUGGCAGCUCAAGGGCACAUCUUAACCAAGAUCAGCAAAGAAAGCACCAGGCACCCUCUGCCACUUAAACAUAAUCCAUUCCACUCAUUAUUCCAGCAAACUCUGAAUGACAAAUCAGGUCCUGGGUUGAAAACACCAUUUGUCAAAGAGGCCUUUGAAGAGGGCCCUAAGAAACACAGAGAGUGUUUAGUCAAGGAGAACCAGAAGUACACAUUUACAAUAGACAGAUAUGCCAAAGACCUUUUCGUAGCCAAACAAGUUGGAACAAAACUCUCUGUGAAUGAACCGCUGUCAUUUUCUGUUGAGUCUAUUCUUAAGAGGCCUUCAUCUGCCAUCACUCACAUCUCUCAGUGAAAGGCUGCUUACACAGAAAGCUGGAUUUUCUGCCAUCUCAGAGGGGUCUUACCAGUUGCUAAUUUUUUUUUUUUUUAAGAAAAAAGCUAAGAUGUUUGUAUAAAGAAAUUUCUAAUGUAAAUGGUGAUGAUUUAAAAAAUUAUAUCUAUUCAUAUGCAUGUACUUUUUCUUCCAUAAAUAUAUUUAAACUUAAAGAUGGAAAUUGCUUAUGUGCAAACUGUAAAGUUCUGUGCUUUACACAGCGUUUCAAAAAGCAAUAAAGUUGACACUGUCUUCUAAAAGACCCAAUAUUUGCAGAAGCACCUAGUUAUCUCUGUCUACAGGAAAAACCAGUGUCCAUGAAAUAUAUUCUGUAUUUUUCUGUGAUUCUGUGUAGUUUCAAGUGCUCUCAGUGGUCACUGGGGGCCACGGGAGAUACCUUAUAGUGCCUUAGUUUUGCAUUUUAGAGGGCAUGUAAAUUUAGCUGUUCAAGACUGAGGCAAAAAUAGCUUUAAGGAGAACAUAGAACAGGUUUGCACGUCUCUAGAAUCAUAAUUUUACGUGAUUGGACAAAGGGGAAUUAAUUUGCGGGAAAAUCAAGUUUAGGAUCUUAUUUAGAUGAUGACCUGAGUUCUCGGGACGGAUGUGUUUUAGCUUUCUGAGUCCUGGUUUCCUUUCCUGACGAGAUGUGUAUUUGGGGCCUCAAGCUUCCUUCCUAGGUUGAACUUUCUAUGAUUUCUAGGCGGCAUUGGGUCACAGAGCUGGUUCACUUGUCAGGUGCAGUCGGUUCAAACCAUGAGAGUGUAUGGUUGAACUCCUCUCAGCUCUGUUAUUUCACUGUUCCCUAAGGACUGGUGACAGCAGACAUUGAGAGGCGGGCACAGUCAUGACCCGUUGGUGUGCGGGGAUCAGCUUGACGCUCCCACAUUGUCACCAGUGCCAAAGGCUUUCAGUGUAGCUUUAAACAAAAAUCACUAUUCAAAUUGCUUCAGCUGACAGUUGCCUAAGCCUGCAGAUAUUUAUCACAGCGUGAGGUUGACUUCUUGAGUCUUAACCCCACUCCCCCCAUUUUUGAGUUCAUUAUUACCCUAUAGUUUUACUCAAUAAAAUGUUAAUAACUAUUGUUCUAUGUGAUUGGUGAAGUGAGAGUAAGACAUUUAUGACAGUAUUAAAUUUAUCUCUGAAGACCUCAUCUGUGGACCCCAAGUGAAGUUCUAAGAUGCCUUAUGUCAUUUCAACCCAGAAAAUCAGGAGCCAAACAUCCCACCUUUAGUUUUGCAAUGGAGUGAGUUGUCGCUUCCAAUUCUCCUCUCACUUGGGGAACAAGAACACUCGUUGGGGGGCGCCUGGGUGGCUCAGUCG